AUGGCGACGCUCCUGAAGCUGCCUCGUGAGCUUCUACAUGAGAUAGUCGAUUGGCUUUUUGCGGAUCCGGAAGUUGAAGGCUAUGGAAUGAUGGGCCCGCCAGACGAGCCAUACGGACUAUCGAAAACGUUGAGCUCCAUCUCCCGAACCUGUCGCCAACUUCACACAGACGUCAUACCGUUUCUGUACAAGUCAAUCGACCUCGGGCGGCAAAGUGGCCCGUCCCUCAUCACCCUCCUUAGAAACCUCGACGAGAAUCCAUAUUUAGGAUCCCGUGUCGAAAAAGUUCGAAUCGACUGGCGUGCCUACGAUCAGGCUUUUGUCUAUUCUCGCGAAGAUACCGACUUCGUCGAGGACCUGGCGAGAGGCCUUGGGUUGAGCUUGCCAAGCGAUUGGGACGCUGCUGAGCAAAAGAGUGCUGGCACUCUGGCCGGGCUUAUCCUCUUGAAAGCCAGCGGCGUCAAGUACGUGGAUACCAUUGGGUACCACGCAAGCUUCUAUCGCAGCAUCCCGGUGCGAUCAUCACAUCGACUGGAACACUUCCAACAGUUCGGCUCAUUCGUGGAACCCAGUGACCACCCGCCGCCAAUGUCCGACAUUUGUCGUCUUCUAAACCUGUCACCGGGUCUCGAAGUUUUCCAAGCGAACCUGCUCACAAAGAUGAACGAAGGAGAUAUUGAUUGGAGCCACGUGACCACCCUCGUCAUUGGCAACGACUUUCUGGAAGGGACAACGUGGCUUGUUCGUGCCAUCAACUCAUGCGAGAGGCUGGAGAACUUGGAGGUCACCUUCGAAACGGGGAGCCCACUUCCGGUGAUCUUGGCCCUGGAAAAGCACGCGGACACCAUGAAGUCACUCUACAUCACGACAUAUUUUGACGCGGAUAUGCACGCAGACAACAGAGACAUUUCGCUGGCUUCUCUGAAGAACCUGGAGAGUUUGUUCUUGAACGGCCUGAUUUGCGAGCCUCUCACAAUCUUGCGGACCAUUCCCUACUCGCUGCAGGAGUUCUCCCUGGACGGCGACUUUGACCACCUGAAGGAGGAUUUCGAGCUUUUCGCCGGCGACUUCAAGAAGGGGCUAUUCCCUCACUUCAAUAAGUUGUUACUCAACACCAUGUGGACAUGCGACCACGGUGAAUGCCCGUUCAUGAUGAAUGGCAAGAUGCGGCUUAAAGAUAUGGAAGAUGAUAAGGCCAACGGACUUUUGGACGACGUGGAAGAAGAAAAUGAUUCCGAAGACAGGAUGGCGUGUAGGAAUCACUGGGAGAUUGUUUUCAACCUUAUCAAAGUCGGUGUGCCCGUCUGGGUAAAUUAA